GCCCAGCUCGACGACGGCCAUGGCCAUGAGAGCGCAGAAGCCGGCGUGCGCCUGGGGCAGGCUCUGCCUGCUGCUCUCCCUCCUCCUCCAGCUGCCAGGCUCCCAGGCCAAAUGCUACUUCCAGGCUAAAGCUCCCUGCGAGUACGAGGGGAAGCAGUUCUCCCUCGGCGAGUCGUGGCUGAGCACCAACUGCCUGCUGUGCACCUGCCUGCACCCCAUCGGCGUGGGAUGCUGCGAGACCACCCAGCACCCCAUCGACUUCCCCGACUGGUGCGAGGCCCACUACGACACGCAGACCUGCCAGAUCUCGGUGGUGCAGAAGGCCAACCCCAGCCUGCCGUGUGUGAAGAGCGUGGAGCACGAGUGGGGCUCGGCCGGCACCCCCGAGCCGCUGAGCAACAAGGUGCUGGACGCGGGGCUGAGCGGGUAG